AUGAAGACCUUGUUUUUGGAGCGGUAUUUUCCAGCGUCUAAAGUGGGGAGUAUAAGGAAAGAAAUUUGUGGCAUCAGGCAGGCUGUGGGAGAAUCACUCUAUGAUUACUGGGAGCGCUUUAAGCGGUUGUGUGCUAGUUGUCCUCACCAUCAGAUCAGUGAGCAACUAUUGAUUCAAUAUUUCUAUGAGGGAUUACUGCCGUUGGACAGAAGUAUGAUUGAUGCAGCCAGUGGAGGGGCACUAGUGGACAAGACUCCUGCAGCAGCCAGGAGCUUGAUUUCUAAUAUGGCAGCUAAUUCCCAACAGUUUGGUACUCGCCAGGAGCAUAUGUCAUCUUCAAGAAGGGUUAACGAGGUGCAAACUACUGUUGAUAAUCAACUUGGUCAGCAGAUAGCUCAACUGACUUCAGUGGUACAACAAUUAGCUUUGGGCCAACAGGUGCGGCCAUGUGGAAUCUGUCAAGUAGUGGGGCACCCUACUGAUACGUGCCCCAUUCUAGUAGAGGGAGAAACUGAGGGUGUUAACGCUGUAGGAAAUUUUCCUGGUCAAUUACGUCAGAUGUAUUAUGAACCAUUUUCACAAACCUAUAAUCCUGGCUGGCGUGAUCAUCCAAACCUUCGAUAUGGGAAUCAACAACAACUAGCUCCACAACCAACAGCAGCAAGACCACCUGGUUUCACUACACAACAGAGGUCUCAAAAUAAUUAUGUACCUAGACCAUCACAACCACCGCAGGCUGCUCCACCACCAAAUGCUAAACCUUCUACUGAGGAUUUAAUCAAUGCCCUUGCCACAAAUACUCUUCAAUUUCAGCAAACCACCCAAGCUUCCAUCAAGAGUUUGGAGAAUCAGGUGGGACAAUUAGCGGCAUCAUAUAACCGGUUGGAGGCUCAUCUGUCAAAUAAAUUGCCUUCACAACCUGAGAUGAAUCCCAAAGAGAAUGCUAGUGCAGUAACUUUGCGUAGUGGGACGCAAUAUGAUCCACCUAAUCCUCCAAUGCCCAGUAAAUUGUCAUCCAAGCCCCAAGUUGAUUGCUCAGUUAAUGAAGAUGUUCCUCCAAAGCCAACCACCCCUACACAACUCAGCCCUAAGCCUACUAUUGUCAUUCUACCUCCAUUCCCAAGCAGACUGAAAAAGACUAAAAAGGAAGAGGUUGACAAGGAGAUUCUUGAUACAUUCCGAAAGGUAGAAGUGAAUAUUCCUCUUCUUGACGCUAUUAAACAAGUGCCGCGCUAUGCCAAGUUUCUGAAAGAGUUGUGCACUAAUAAGCGUAAGUUGAGGGGUAAUGAAAAAGUUAGUGUGGGGGAGAAUGUUUCCGCAGUUCUACAAAAGAAGCUUCCACCAAAGUGUAAGGAUCCUGGUACUUUUACUAUCCAUUGCACUAUUGGGAAUAAAAGAAUUGAGCGGUGGGUGAUUAUUCAACUUGCUGAUAGGUCGAAUGCUUAUCCCAGGGGUGUAAUAGAAGAUGUUUUAGUUCAAGUAAAUGAAUUGGUGUUUCCGGCUGAUUUUUAUGUUCUCGAUAUGGAAGAUGAAUCUAUUCCAUGCUCCACUCCAAUUUUGUUGGGGAGACCAUUCAUGAAGACUACAAGAACUAAGAUUGAUGUGCAUGACGGUACGUUGACCAUGGAAUUUGAUGGGGAGACCAUUCGAUUUAAUAUUUUUGAGGCUAUGAGGUAUCCAAGUGAUGUACAUGCUGUUUACUCUCUUGAUGUGUUGGAUAGUCUUUCUCAACGAGUUUUAGAUUUGCAUAGUGAAGAUGAUUUGGAGGUUGUGUUGAGAGAGCAUCUUGUGUUGACCGAUGAAGAUUUGUCUCAUGAGAUCAUGGAUGUCAUAAUCACACUCAAUAGUGGUUUUGACAAGACUUUUAAGAAUGUUGCAUUUCUUAAUUUGCCGAUUUCUAAUGAGAAAUUGUAG